AUAACCGGGCAUAGAUUUGGUCCAUUAAAGGGGAAGAAUACAAACAAACAAAAAAGACCUGAAGAACCAACCCUAGCCACAUAGGAUCUAGGCUCGGACUCGCUCCGUUCAUCUGCGGCCCGCCCGUCACCACCGGAUUUGACGACUUCCCCACCGAACAACACUCCGGCGUCCUUAACUCAGCUACUCUUGUUUGCAUCUUUCUCCUUCCGGAAAAGGCUUCGCUCUAAACUCCGCUGCGUGUUCCCGUUAUAUCUAGGUGCAUCCAGGCCGUCUCUGAGGCAUUUGAGCUUGUAUCCGGUUGAGCUUAUCAUUCACAUAUUCCGGCUGUUCGCCACGACAUUUCUCUUCAGGCUGUGCACUUAUUGCUGAAUUGACAAUUGCUACUAAUGGAGCUCAAGAUUUCACCACUAAGGCCAGCCUUUUCACCUUCUAAUAGUAGUAGUGACAGUGAUCCUGGAGAAAAACAAAUCAGUGAAGAGGAUGAUGAUGAUCGUAAUCACAAGCACCGUAGGAAGGAGACCCAUUUUCAAUCUGCCGAGAUGGGGAAAUGGAACAAGCCCUUUGAUAAUGGAUACUUUGACAGGGAGACUGAUCCUGCCACUUUAGAAAAGGAACACAUAUUGAGAUUUGACAAGAGACGGGGUGUGCCCUCAUUUUCCAGAGCAUCCCAAGUUGCAAACCAAAGAACAAUAUCAUCACGUAUAGGGAGAGGAAGGGAAAUUGGUGGUUGGGCCCAACAUGAUUUGAGAUUGAUGUCAGUCGACAUUGCACCUCAACUGAUUCAACAGGGAUCCACUGUUCCUAGUUUUUUAACUGGAAAGGGAUUGCCGAAUGUUCAUGAUGCAAAAACUUCAUCUUGGGCUACGUUUGGAAUGGUUCCUCAUAUCCCUAAUGUUGGCCUUGAUAUAUUCCAUCACCGUGGUUUACCACUGAAUCCCUCAAUGGGUAUGGGAUUUCCGCGGCAAAAAUGCAGAGAUUUUGAGGAACGUGGAUUUUGCCUACGAGGAGACAUGUGCCCAAUGGAACAUGGAGUCAAUCGAAUUGUUGUUGAAGAUGUCCAGAGCCUUUCUAAGUUAAACCUCCCUGUUUCGGUUCCUUCUGCACACAUGAUGAGAACAGUUGGACAAGGAGCUAUUUCCGCAACUUGUCCUUCCGGUUCAUUUGUCAAUUGUAGAGCUCUACAUAUCAAGCCUGAAAUAAUGGAUGAAGGGUUAGAGUUAAGUGGGGAACCUUUAGGAUGUUCUCUGCCUGGGGGCUCUGAUGGUUAUGAUCCUGACCAGCCUUUAUGGAGAAGUGAUGAUCCUGAGACAUCACCUGCAGUCCUUGCAGCAAAUGGACUGAGUGUUGAUGAUGUUGGGCUCACUGAUCAUUUUUCGGUUGGGCUAUCUGAUCAGGGAAGAAACAACUGUUCAAAGAAUAAAGAACAAGCAGUGGAGAAUAUUGAUUCAAAAAAUAAAGCAGAAGCAUUGGAGAAUAUUUUUUCAAAAAAUAAAGUAGAAGCAGUGCAGAAUAUUGAUUCCAUUACAGAAGCUUCAAGGAUUCUUAACGGUGAAACUGAAAAUACUGGACGACAAAUUACAGAUCCAUUUUCUAAGUCACAAAGUAAUGUGGAAUGCAAUAUGAGAAAGUGUGUCCAAAAGGCACUUUACACGCUCUUUGUUACUGGCAUUCCACAAAAGGACAACACAACAGAAGCUCUUUUUGCGCAUUUUAGAAAAUUUGGAGAGAUCAUUAACAUUUAUAUCCCAAAAAGAAAAGGGCGAGCAUUUGUCCAGUUUUCUAGCAGAGAAGAAGCCAAGAGAGCUUUAAAGGCUCCUGAUGCUGUGAUGGGAAACCGUUUUAUCAUGCUUCAGUGGGCUAAACGGGACUGUAUUCCAGAACAUAUACUGAGUAAUGGCUAUAAAGCACAAAGACAGGAAAAUGGGGUGAUACCAGAUUCAGCUCCCUCAUAUGUAUAUAAAGGAAAGGACAGUGUUCAAUCUGCAGUGCCUAGAAGUUUUCUUGCUGUUCCAUCAGUCUCUGAUCAUAAAAAAUCCAUUGUUAGUAAUGAAGCAAAGGACCCACCACUUUCGCGAAAGAAGCUGGAGAAUUUAGAAUUAUUAAAAGAAGAACUUCGUAAAAAGCAGGAAAUGCUUGAUCUGAAACGUAAUGAGUUUCGUCGGCAGUUGGAUACAUUUGAGAAACAAGCUAUAGAUCACAAAGAUGAUGAUCAUGCUGCGAAGAGGCAAAAAACAGGGGUCAGUGAAUCACUGAAAGCUAAGACUCUGAACUUCAUUCUGCCUGAUGCUGUUUCAGUGACGCAACCAUCUGAAGCAGUGGUGGAUGGUAGCAAUGGCUCUGCUAACAGUACUGUUAACACAUUUUCAAACUCUGUUUCAACUUUGGCAACACCACAACCUCUAAUCUCUAAGCCAUCAUUUCGUCCAUUGGCGCCUUUGGGGGAACCAUACAACUUCUACAAUAGAUUCAAAUUGGACAACCGUCCUACUGCAUUCAAAAUCAACCCGCCUAUUCCAAAUGCUCUGGCAAAUGUUGAUGUUCUGAAGGAACACUUUUGUUCUUUUGGUGAACUUUCGUCUGUGGAAUUAGAAGGUGGGGAGAAUCAAAAUGAAUUGGGAACAUCUAUAUCAUAUGCUCGUAUAUCUUUCGUAUCACGCCGUUCUGCAGAAAAGGCAUUUAUGAACGGCAAAAGCUGUCAAGGCCAUACUUUGCAAUUUAAGUGGUUGCCAGCAAACAAGUCUCUAAAAGAUGGUGGUAUUGAUGAGGGAGCGUCUACUGCUCGUUCACUGUCUUCAGAUCCCGGUUUUCAUCCUCUUGCAUUAGAUGCUUCCACCACAAGUUUACAGAAAGAGAAUGUUACUGGGAGUUGUGAAAAUGAAAGGAAAAGACACACCGAGAAUGGGCAGGAGGAUUUACUUGUGGGUGAAGAUUCCAAGUCCACUUCCAUGAUGUCUGGUAAGAAAGAAUUGGUGUGAGGUUGGACCUAAUUGUGAGAAGUUGUACAGCGAGCUGCAUUUAUAAAAAUGCAGGUCAUUUAAACAAUGGUAAUAAUUCUGCUAUUGUGUCAUAUAAUGCAGACUGUAAAGAGGGAAAUUCCUGGUUUAACCGGUGUUUUUCAACCCCAAAGAAUUGGUUCUCAAAUUCCCUUAUGGUAUGUUUGGGAACAUGGAUUUGGAUUUCAAAUUUGGAUUUGGCUUAAAUUCCAUGUUUGGGAAACUUAAGCAUUUUGAAUUUGGAUUUGAAUCAAAUUCUUUACAUUCAAAACAAAGCUUAAUUUGAAAU